UAGCAAUACAGUAAAUUCACACUUAUUUUGACCAAAAAAACAGCGCCGUCUAUUAUACUGCCAAUAGUAAGACGAGAGUACUAUUUAAGUUAUCCAAGCACUGUUUAUCCUAGGGCUAAAGCUCUGAUACCAAUAGAUGGCUCUGAUUUUUUGGUCAAAAUAAGUGUGAAUUUACUGUAGUGUUAAGAUUUUGACCAAUUAUACUCAUUCAAUGUUGAAAACUUCAUUGUUAAAGAAAAAAAUCCCUUUGUGUGGUUUUCGCUGAACUUGAUAAUCAUGGAAUCAGAAGAUCAAGAAUUAAUAAUUGUCAACAGGAAAUGCGAAUAUAAUGUUUCUAAAAAGUUAAUUUGUUCAUCUGUGCCUUAUUUUGAGAAAAUGUUUUGUUGUGGUCUAUUGGAAUCAAAAGGUAACAAAGUGGUGCUAGAUUUUGAUGAAAAAGUCUUUGAUGCUAUACUCGAUUGGAUUCAUUCGGAGUCUUUCGCUAUUCAAAUGGAUAAUGUGAUCAGUUUUUAUGAAGCAGCUGAUUAUUUGAUGAUAGACGAAAGUUUGUUUCAACCUUGUUUUUCUUAUUUUCAUGAAAAUUUCACCAUUGAACAUCUUCCAGUGGUUUUACCUCAAGUUACAAAAGUGUCCAAAUUGGUUAAUUCAGAAUCUAUUGAAAGAUUUAUUUGUCGCCAUUUCUUGAUGAUAGUCAAUACUAAAACUUUCCUGGAAUACCCUGUGGAAAUUAUUGAAGCUAUUCUCAAAUUGGAUCUGAUGGUUCACUCUGAAUAUCAAAUAUUUGAAUCGAUCAUGGAAUGGGUGAAUAAAAAGGCUGAUUAUCGAAAGGAAUUUCUUCCAAAGUUACUGGACUGUGUGCGUUGGUCUUUUAUGGGUCUUGAUGAUUUAUCUAAGGUGAAGGAUAAUGAGUUGAUUAAGAUUUUGCCUAAUUUUGAUUCAAUCAUUACCUCUAAUGCUGAUUGUGAAUUCAACCGUAGUCGCCAAAACUUCUUCAUUUCAAUUCAGGAAAUAGAUGGUGCAGUUUUGCGGAUAAAAACUUUUGACAAUGAAUUUUUCUGUUUAUCAAUCGGCGAUUUUACGCGUGAUGAUACUAUGCCACUUGAAUAUUUUUCUGGAGAACACACGUCAGAUAUUUUAUUCGACUCUGGAACUAAAGGAAUCAGAAUUGACUGGGUUAAAAAAACAUUUCGAUGGCUUAACUUUGAAGUUAAGGGUAAAACUUACUAUAGUCAAAUCUAUGGAUUGAUUUAUAAAUUUUUUCGUGUUAACAGAAGAAAUUCUUGUUAUUUGGAAGACAUUGAUUCAGAACUUCCUCAGUCGAUUCCCACUGGAGAGAUACUGAUUCUUGAAUCUAAUGGUAAAUUCAUCGUGCUUGGUAAAACUGGAGACGAGAAGAAGUGGUUUGGUCUUUUUCCAGUUGAACGUCCGAGUUGGUUCAAUUAUUAUGAAGAUCAUGAACACUCUUUUAAGGCCACUGUUUUGGACGAUGUUGUUUAUAUAUUGACAAGGCAUCUCGAAUUUAUCCAAUUUAAUCACGAAACUAAAAACUUCAAUAAGAGUGAACCGUUCAAAGCCGAAAAAUGGAAUUUCAAUGGUUUAAUCUUAACUUCUCAUCAAAACAACGACGAUAAAGUUAUUUUGGUCAAUAAAUUGUCAGCAAAAGUGUAUGUUUUCAACAUUAAGGAACAAAAAUGGUUACAGAAAUAUCGUAUCAUGAAUGUCAGCUCAAAGAGUUACAAUGAAAUAAUGUGCCAUAAAUUAAUCAGCUUCACUUCAGCAAUUCUGCCGAUGAAAGUUAUCAAACCUUUGUAUAAAAGAAAAUAUUUUGACUUCUGAACUUUAUAUGUUUCAUCAAGUUCAU